UCACGUCUGUGUAGUAACUAGUAAACCAAGUUCAGAGUUCUAUUUAGUGGUUUUGUUGCAGUCGUCACGUGCCCAUUGCUCAGACUGAACGCUUUGCUUGAAUGCUGGACGACUGGUUAUACCUAUUUAUAGUUUUGUCUGAAUAAAGCACAAUUGUAUGAUUCCGUAUAUUUUUUAGUGAACUAGUGGAAACCAAAAUUUCAACCAUGGAAUCAAAAAAUAGGAGGCCUUCAGAAUCGAGAUCGAUCAUAGACAGUGCUUGUUCAAAGCGAUAUAUAAUAGCCGUCAUGGGAUUCAUAGGCAUUGCUAAUGCAUAUGCUAUGCGAUCAGUACUAAGUGUAGCUAUAACUGAAAUGGUAGAAGACAUUCAUAAAACAGCUAUAGACCCUAAUGGGUGCCCAGGACCGAUAAAAAAUACAAAUACGACAAAUCCAAACGCUGAAUUUGAUUGGUCUGAAACACUUCAAGGGCAUAUACUUGGUGCUUUCUAUUAUGGAUAUGUAAUUGCUCAGAUACCAGGUGGUAUACUGGCACAGAAAUAUGGUGGAAAACAUGUGUUUGGUUUCGGUAUUUUCCUGACCGCCGUGCUUACAAUAUUGACACCACUUGCCGCCAGGAUUGGUCCCGGGUACAUGAUUGGUGUCAGAGUACUUGAAGGUAUUGGUGAAGGCCCUACUAUUCCAGCAAUGAAUACUUUGUUGGCUCAGUGGGUACCUAUCAAUGAACGAUCGCGUAUAGGAUCAUUUGUAUUUGCAGGAAAUAUGAUUGGAACGAUUGUAGCUCAAAGUUCCGCUGGGUAUUUACUUAAGAUUACCGAUGACAAUUGGCCAUUGGUGUUCUAUAUUUGUGGUGUUAUAGCGUUGAUUUGGUAUGUUUUUUGGAACUUCUUGGUAUACAGUUCGCCGAACGAACACCCCACAAUAACCGAUUACGAACUUACAUAUUUAGAACGUCACUUAAAAGGAGUAAAUAAAAAUAAGAAUACAUUAAAAUCUACACCAUGGUUGUCAAUGUUGUCAUCAGGUCCGAUGUGGGGCUUAAUGAUAGGUCAAAUUGCUCAUGACUGGGCUCUAUUUAUGAUAAAUGCUGAUUUACCGAAGUACAUGAAGAGUGUCAUGAAAUUUUCUAUUGCAGAAACCGGUGUAUGGAGUUCAAUGCCGCAUGUUUUGAUGUGGGUUUUUGCCAUAUUAACAGGAUGGUUAAGUGACUAUUUGAUAUCUAACGGAAAACUGGGAAUAUUACAACAGAGAAGAUUAUUUUCGACCAUAGCUUGUAUUGGACCUAUGUUGGGCACAUUAGCAGCAUCAUAUGCCGGAUGCGAUAAGAUAAAAGUAGUCGUUCUAUUUACCAUUGGUAUGGCCACUAUGGGCUUCUUUUAUUCAAGUAUGAAAGUUAACGUUAUGGAUUUAAGUCCGAAUUAUGCUGGUCCUGCAAUGGCCAUGGUAAACGGAGUUGGAGCUGUUGCUGGAAUCGUUUCGCCUCCCCUCAUCGGAUAUUUAAUACCAAAUAAUACUCUAUUGGAAUGGCGUAAUGUGUUCUGGAUUAGUGGUGGUGUAGUAAUCGUAGCAAACUCUAUAUAUUUGGUAUUGGCCUCGGCAUCCAUUCAGUGGUGGAAUGAUCCGGUACCGACUUCUGAGAAUGAUGGUGGUGAUACUGAUUUGUAAGAAUUGUGUUUAUUUCGAAGUGUUUAUUCAAACAGCUGAGAACAUUAUCACGAAUGUGAUACGCGAGGGACAGUGUAACUAUAUUAUAUUAUGCCAAUCGACUUUAAUAUUGAAAUAUUAAUAACACAUAUAUUUGAUUUGUUGAAUUGAUAAUUAAUGUUGAAAUUGUUGAAAUUCUAUAGCAGUGGAAAUAAUUUUAAACGUGAAAUGAUUUUUCAAUUGAAUUUCAGUCAUUUAAUAAGAAAUUUUAUUUUUAAAA